AGUGGUAGAGCUUGGCAUAAAGUUCAAAUGCUCCUGCACCCUGCCCUGCAGUAUCUCUAACCAGGGGACUUUGAUAAGGAAGCUGAAGGGUGAUAUUACCUUUGCUCCCUCACUGCAACUGAACACAUUUCUUAGUUUUUAGGUGGCCCCCGCUGGCUAACUUGCUGUGGAGUUUUCAAGGGCAUAGAAUCAUCCUUUUCACUAUUAAAAGAAGAUGCUGUUUAAUCUGAGGAUCCUGUUGAACAAUGCAGCUUUUAGAAAUGGUCACAACUUCGUGGUUCGAAAUUUUCGGUGUGGACAACCACUACAAAAUAAAGUGCAGCUGAAGGGCCGUGACCUUCUCACUCUAAAAAACUUUACCGGAGAAGAAAUUAAAUAUAUGCUAUGGCUAUCAGCAGAUCUGAAAUUUAGGAUAAAACAGAAAGGAGAGUAUUUGCCUUUAUUGCAAGGGAAGUCCUUAGGCAUGAUUUUUGAGAAAAGAAGUACUCGAACAAGAUUGUCUACAGAAACAGGCUUUGCACUUCUGGGAGGACAUCCUUGUUUUCUUACCACACAAGAUAUUCAUUUGGGUGUGAAUGAAAGUCUCACGGACACGGCCCGUGUAUUGUCUAGCAUGACAGAUGCAGUAUUAGCUCGAGUGUAUAAACAAUCAGAUUUGGACACCCUGGCUAAAGAAGCAUCCAUCCCAAUUAUCAAUGGGCUGUCAGAUUUGUACCAUCCUAUCCAGAUCCUGGCUGAUUACCUCACGCUCCAGGAACACUAUAGCUCUCUGAAAGGUCUUACCCUCAGCUGGAUCGGGGAUGGGAACAAUAUCCUGCACUCCAUCAUGAUGAGUGCAGCGAAAUUCGGAAUGCACCUUCAGGCAGCUACUCCAAAGGGUUAUGAGCCAGAUCCUAGUGUAACCAAGUUGGCAGAGCAGUAUGCCAAAGAGAAUGGUACCAAGCUGUUGCUGACAAAUGAUCCAUUGGAAGCAGCGCAUGGAGGCAAUGUAUUAAUUACAGACACUUGGAUAAGCAUGGGACAAGAAGAGGAGAAGAAAAAGCGGCUCCAGGCUUUCCAAGGUUACCAGGUUACAAUGAAGACUGCUAAAGUUGCUGCCUCUGACUGGACAUUUUUACACUGCUUGCCCAGAAAGCCAGAAGAAGUGGACGAUGAAGUCUUUUAUUCUCCACGAUCACUAGUGUUCCCAGAGGCAGAAAACAGAAAGUGGACAAUCAUGGCUGUCAUGGUGUCCCUGCUGACAGAUUACUCACCUCAGCUCCAGAAGCCUAAAUUUUGAUGUUGUGUCACUUGUCAAGAAAGAAGCAAUGUUCUUCAGUAACAGAAUGAGUCGGUUUAUGGGGGAAAGGAGAAGAGAAUCUAAAAAAUAAACAAAUCCCUAACACAUGGUAUGGGUGAACCGUAUGAUAUUGCUUUGCCAUUGUGAAACUUUCCUGAAGCCUUUAAUUGAAGUGCUGAUGCACUGUAAUACACGCUUAACUUUGCUUAAACUCUCUAAUACACAAUUUCUGAGUUACAUUUAGGUAUAUUAAUUAUCAUAUACAUUUACUUCAACAUAAAAUACUGUGUUCAUAAUGUAUAAUGUCUAAGCCAUUAAGUGUAAUCUAUGCUUAUUACCUAAAUAAAUUAUCACCUACGCUAA